CGGUGGGUUUCGCUGUUCAAAACCUCACUCUCUUUCUCUCUAAAACCCUAACUUUCUCUCACCUCCCUAUUUCCGUUGCCACCCUGCAACCCUAACGAAUUGUCCCAAUUCUCAAAGCCUUCGAACCCUUUCUUCCUCCUUCUCCCUCCCCCUUCAAAGAUGAGCUUCGCGGCGUACAAAAUGAUGCACUGGCCGACGGGGAUCGAGAACUGCGCCGCGGGGUUCGUGAGUCACUCCCGAGCCGACUUCGUCCCCCGCAUCCCUCCCAUCCAGUCCGACGACCUCGACUCCGACUGGCCCGCCGGCCGCCGCGAAACUGGCCCCGUCCCCAACCUCGUCGUCACCGCCGGCAAUGUCCUCGAAGUCUACGUCGUCAGACUCCAAGAAGAAGACGACACCAGAAGCUCCAGGGCUCCGGCCGAGUCCAGACGCGGUGGACUCAUGGACGGCCUCUCCGGAGCUUCUCUGGAACUCGUUUGCCAUUACAGGUUACAUGGUAAUGUCCAAACAAUAGCGGUUUUAUCUUCUGGAGGUGGCGAUGGUUCUAGGAGAAGAGAUUCUAUAAUCUUGAGCUUUCAGGACGCCAAAAUUUCUGUUUUGGAGUUUGAUGAUUCUAUCCAUGGACUUCGUACAAGCUCUAUGCACUGUUUUGAGGGUCCAGAGUGGCUUUAUCUGAAAAGAGGUAGAGAGUCAUUUGCAAGAGGUCCAUUGGUAAAGGUUGAUCCUCAAGGAAGAUGCGCAGGCGUUCUUGCUUAUAAUAUACAAAUGAUAAUGCUGAAGGCUGCUCAGGCUGGUUCUGGUUUGGUUGGCGAAGAGGAUGCUUUGGGUUCAGGAGGUGCAGUUUCUGCUCGUAUUGAGUCAUCUUACAUAAUUAAUUUGCGAGAUUUAGACAUGAAGCAUAUAAAGGAUUUUGUUUUUGUACAUGGUUAUAUUGAGCCUGUGAUGGUUAUCCUUCAUGAGCGGGAGCUUACUUGGGCUGGGCGUGUCUUGUGGAAGCAUCAUACUUGUAUGAUUUCAGCGCUUAGUAUUAGCACAACUUUGAAGCAGCAUCCUCUGAUUUGGUCAGCUGUUAAUCUCCCACAUGAUGCUUACAAGUUACUUGCAGUUCCAUCGCCAAUUGGUGGUGUUCUUGUGAUUUGUGCAAAUACUCUUCAUUAUCAGAGUCAGUCAAACUCAUGUACGUUGGCUUUAAACAGCUAUGCAGUUUCUGUUGAUAGCAGUCAGGAGAUGCGAAGAGCUCCUUUUAGUGUGGAGCUUGAUGCUGCCAAUGCUACUUGGUUAUCAAAUGAUGUAGUCUUGCUGUCAACAAAAGCUGGGGAGCUUUUACUGCUGACUCUUGUUUAUGAUGGACGGGUUGUGCAGAGGCUUGAUCUUUCAAAGUCUAAAGCUUCAGUACUUACAUCGGGAAUUACAACAAUAGGAAAUUCAUUAUUUUUUUUGGGAAGUAGGCUGGGAGAUAGUUUGCUUGUGCAGUUUACUUAUGGAUUAGGGACCUCAAUGUUGUCUUCUGGUCUGAAGGAUGAGGUUGGGGAUAUUGAAGGAGAUGCUCAUUUAGCAAAGCGCUUGCGAAGAUCAUCUUCUGAUGUAUUGCAAGACAUGACUAGUGGCGAGGAGCUCUCUUUAUAUGUUUCAGCUCCAAAUAACUCAGAAUCAACUCAGAAGUCAUUCUCAUUUACUGUGAGGGAUUCAUUGGUGAAUGUUGGUCCUUUGAAGGACUUCUCCUAUGGUUUAAGGAUCAAUGCAGAUCCCAAUGCAACCGGAGUUGCCAAACAGAGUAACUAUGAGCUGGUUUGCUGUUCUGGUCACGGAAAGAAUGGCGCUCUCUGUGUUCUUCGACAGUCAAUUCGCCCAGAAAUGAUUACUGAGGUUGAAUUACCAGGUUGCAAAGGAAUUUGGACCGUUUACCACAAGAGCACACGUAGCCAUGACUCUUCCAAACUUGUUGCCGCUGAUGAUGAGUACCAUGCAUAUUUGAUUAUAAGUCUGGAGGCUCGGACAAUGGUACUUGAAACUGCUGAUCUUCUGACAGAAGUUACUGAAAGCGUUGACUAUUAUGUGCAAGGAAGAACAAUUGCUGCAGGGAAUUUGUUUGGAAGGCGCCGAGUUGUGCAAGUUUAUGAACGUGGUGCUCGUAUUCUAGAUGGUUCUUUUAUGACUCAGGAUUUGAGUUUUGGACCUGCACCUUCUGAAUCGAGUUCUGGUUCUGAAAAUGCCGUAGUGACUUCAGUUUCCAUUGCGGAUCCAUAUGUGGUAUUGAGAAUGAGUGAUGGAAGCAUUCGGCUCCUUGUAGGAGAUCCCACUUCAUGUACUGUUUCUGUAAGUACUCCGGCUGACUUUGAGAGCUCAAAAAGUAUAAUAUCUGCAUGCACACUGUAUCGUGAUAAAGGACCAGAGCCAUGGCUCCGUAAGACAAGUACUGAUGCAUGGCUUUCGACAGGUGUUGAUGAGGCCAUUGAUGGUGCUGACGAGACAUUACAGGAUCAGGGUGAUAUAUAUUGUGUUGUUUGUUAUGAAAGUGGUUCCCUUGAUAUAUAUGAUGUUCCUAGUUUCAAUUAUGUUUUUUCCGUGGAUAACUUUAUAUCCGGAAGGCCCCAUCUAGUCGACGCAUUUGUGCAAGAACAACCUAAGGAUCUUCAAAAAGCAACAAACAAAAAUUCUGAAGAAUCAGCUGGUCAAGGCAGGAAAGAAAAUGUACAGAACAUGAAAAUUGUUGAGUUGGCCAUGCAGAGAUGGUCAGGAAAGCAUAGCCGCCCUUUUCUCCUUGGGAUACUGACUGAUGGAUCAAUUCUUUGUUAUCAUGCGUACUUGUUUGAAGGUCCAGAGAGUACCUCUAGAACUGAAGAUUCAGUUUCUUCACGGAAUUCUUCUGGUUCAAGGCUCAGAAAUCUGAGAUUUGUUCGAGUUCCAUUGGACUCAUAUGCUAGAGAGGAAACGUCAGAUGGAAUGCCAUGCCAAAGAAUUAGUGUUUUCAAGAAUAUUGCUGGUUAUCAGGGGUUAUUUUUGUCUGGGUCAAGACCAGCUUGGUUUAUGGUAUUCAGAGAACGUCUUCGUGUUCAUCCUCAGCUAUGUGAUGGUUCAAUUGUAGCCUUCACUGUUCUUCACAAUGUGAAUUGCAACCAUGGGUUCAUAUAUGUUACAUCAGAGGGUAUUUUAAAAAUUUGCCAAUUGCCAUCUAUAACAAGCUAUGAUAACUAUUGGCCAGUGCAAAAGAUUCCAUUGAAAGGCACCCCACAUCAAGUUACGUACUUUGCGGAGAGGAAUUUAUACCCACUUAUAGUUUCAGUUCCUGUUCCUAAGCCACUGAAUCAAGUUAUGUCAUCUUUGCUUGAUCAAGAAGUUGGGCAUCAGUUUGAGAAUCCUAAUUUGAGUCCUGAUGAUCUGAAUCGGACUUACACUAUUGAUGAAUUUGAGGUUCGGAUUCUCGAGCCAGAAAGAUCUGGGGGCCCUUGGCAGACUAAGGUUACCAUUCCAAUGCAAAGUUCUGAGAAUGCCCUAACUAUCCGAGUGGUCACAUUGUUUAACACAACAACAAAUGAGAACGAAACACUUCUAGCCAUUGGGACUGCUUACGUGCAAGGGGAGGAUGUGGCUGCUAGAGGAAGAAUUAUUUUGUAUUCACUAGGAAAAGAUAGUGAUAAUUCCCAAAAUUUGGUUUCAGAGAUUUACUCCAAGGAGUUGAAGGGUGCUAUAUCUGCUUUAGCCUCUCUUCAAGGCCAUUUGCUAAUAGCUUCUGGUCCUAAAAUUAUUUUACACAAGUGGACUGGUACUGAGUUGAAUGGAAUUGCAUUUUUCGAUGCACCACCAUUAUACGUUGUGAGCUUGAAUAUUGUCAAAAACUUUAUUCUUAUUGGUGACGUCCACAAAAGCAUAUACUUUCUUAGUUGGAAGGAGCAGGGAGCUCAACUCAGUUUAUUGGCCAAGGAUUUUGGCUCCCUUGAUUGUUUUGCAACAGAGUUUCUAAUUGAUGGAAGUACACUGAGCCUUGUAGUUUCAGAUGAUCAGAAGAACAUCCAGAUAUUUUAUUAUGCACCAAAGAUGUCUGAAAGUUGGAAAGGACAGAGGCUUCUUUCAAGGGCUGAAUUUCAUGUUGGUGCCCAUGUAACCAAGUUCUUGCGGUUGCAAAUGCUUCCUACUUCAACUGAUCGCACAGGGUCCACUCCAGGCUCAGAUAAAACCAAUCGCUUUGCAUUACUUUUUGGUGCCCUGGAUGGCAGUAUUGGCUGUAUUGCACCACUUGAUGAACUAACAUUUCGUAGACUGCAGUCAUUACAGAAAAAGCUUGUCGAUGCUGUUCCACAUGUGGCUGGUCUGAAUCCUAGAUCGUUUCGCCAGUUUUGCUCAAAUGGAAAGGCUCACCGGCCUGGACCGGACAGCAUAGUUGAUUGUGAACUGCUAUGCCAUUAUGAGAUGCUUCCUUUGGAGGAACAGCUGGAAAUUGCUCACCUGAUAGGGACAACCCGUUCACAAAUUCUUUCAAACUUAAAUGACCUUUUUCUAGGAACAAGCUUCUUGUAACUUGUAAGUGCAGCUGAUAUGAGAACCGUACAGGAGAACUCCGACGCACUAAUUUGGUCGCAUUUUUGGAUACUACCCAGGCUGAUUUGUGUCCAGAUUUAAACAGUAUUGCCAUUUGUGGCUGCUAUGCUGAAAUCAGUUGCAGCAAGAAGUGGAGUCGCAGUGGGGGCGCGGGGAAGUGAAAAAUGAAUAAAAAUCUUGCUCCAAUGUUGUAUCAUUUAUGGGAUGAACUGCCAAUAAUUUGACGCUUAUAUUUUAGAAAAAAACAUCCAAAUUGUUCCCCAUUGCCUUUCUUUUUUUUUUUUUUUUUUUCCCAAUGAUGUUGUACUAAUUGCAUCGAUAGUUGCUG